AUGCGGCAGGAAGCCGGCAAGAGUGUGAAGGACGUCACCGUUCCAAGUGCGAACGAUUUCGGAUCGCAACCGAGUAACCAGUUCGCCUCGCCACCUUCGCCAAACGAUUUCGCCGCAGUGAAGGAUUUCACGGCUGGGGUCGCUGCAGGGGUGGCUCUCGUCGUCACGGGACAUCCGUUUGAUACCGUCAAGGUCAAGCUGCAAGCCAGCAACGUCAGUAACGGCGCGUCGUCCGCGUCGCAAGCGUCGCUAGGGGCUCCGCGGUAUCGCUCGGCAUGGCAGUGCACGUCGCACAUUCUCCGCACUGAAGGGAUCCCCGGCCUAUACCGCGGUGCCACGUCAUCCUUCAUCGGCGUCGCAGUGGAGAGCUCCCUGCUGUUUGGCUCGUACACUCAAAUAAAGACCGCCCUCCAGAACGGGGAGCGGUCGGCACCCACAGCAGGCACGGUGGCGGCAGCAGCAGGGCUGGCGGGCGGGCUUAUCAGCUUCGUGCUCUGCCCCACGGAGCUUGUCAAGUGUCGCCUGCAAGUGCAAGCCCAGUCUCCAGCUCUCUCACCCGCCGCUUCCGUAUAUACUGCAGCGGCGGCGGCGGCAACAGCAGGAGCAGCACCAACAGCAGCGGCGGCAGCGGGUGCCUCUAAAGGCCUGGCAGCAACAGCACUGAGGGAGUCGCUGGGCAACAUCGGCUUCUUCCUCACCUACGAGGCCAUCAAGCACCGCCUCCUCCCCGCCCUCGCCCCUUCCUCCCCCUCGCACUCCUCUUCCGCCGCUUCUUCCUCCUCCGCCUCCUCGGACCUCUCAGUUGAAAUUGUGCAAGAAGGGUCAAGCCAAGUCAGACAGGGAUUGAGGAGACGAGAUCUGGCGGAAGGGAGAGGGGGCGAAGGGGAAGGGGUGUCGGGGGGAAGGGAGGCUGUGGGAACGGGCGGGGCGAAUGAGUGGCAGAGAGUCGCAGCUGAGGCUGCCACUGCCAUUGCCAGUGGGGGGAUAGCGGGCAUCGUGUUCUGGUCCGCAGUGUUGCCAUUUGACGUCAUCAAGACACGCAUCCAGACAGCAGACGCUUCAGCAUCACCCGAGUCGCUGCGCAUGCUCAGCCAGUGCAAAGCUGUGAGUGCUCUGAUCAACCUGGACACUUGGUUGAUGGCUCUCUUUGCUGCCCUGGCAUGCUGCCUCUCUCUCUCUCUGCCCUGCCUUGGUCAAUGA